UUUUUUUUCAAAUUUCACAAUAUUGUUAAAAAUUACGUUCUCCUCUAUAUCUAUUAUCCAUAUAAAAACCUCAAAGAUAAGAUAACAUUUUCCUCCAUUAUCAUUUCUCUUCCAUGAAAACAACUGCAAUUUGAGCUUCAAAAACCUUCGUCAAACAUCUUAAAAAUGGCGGUCACUUCAUCAAUGAGCUUCAACCUAAUCGCUUCCUUUAAAGGAAUUUCAUUAACUUCAACUUCUUCUUCAUCCUUUCUUAGAGGUGAAUUUGGACCUCAUUCUCUUUCUUUUCCUCCAAAAUCUCCCCUCUCAAAAUCUCCAUUUCCAUUGACGAUUGAAUCUGCUCAUAAAAAAGGAGCUGGAAGUACUAAAAAUGGUCGAGACUCUAAAGGUCAAAGACUCGGUGUCAAAAUUUAUGGUGACCAAGUCGCUAAACCUGGCGCCAUUAUUAUUCGUCAGCGUGGAACUAAGUUCCACCCUGGGAAGAAUGUUGGACUUGGCAAGGACCAUACAAUCUUUGCUUUAAUUGAUGGAUUAGUGAAAUUUGAGAAGUUCGGUCCAGACAAAAAGAAGGUGAGUGUUUAUCCAAGAGAACUGCAGCCUGAAAACCCCAACAGCUACAGGGCAAGGAAACGAGAGAAUUUCAGGCUACAGCGUGAGAAGAAGAAGGCAAGAAGGGAAGGAUAUUCUGUAGAACCGCAGCUAAUCAUGGCUUCUGCUAUUCCUGAAGUUGCUGAUGAAAAUCCAAUCUGCUGAUGACCGAGUUAUUAUAAGCUUUAGUUUCCAUCAUUUUUUUUGAGCAGAUUUUGCAUUUUAUUGUAAUAUACUUGUCAUAGCCACAAAAGAUAAAUUCCCAAUGUCUAAUGUAUAUCAGUUGCAUAAAAUGUCUACUGUAACCUUAAGACUCAUGAUAUUAUGUAAUCUGUUAUAAUGAUUUUGUCA